CACCCUUUGUUCUGGAAGUUAAUGAUGCUCAUAGAAUCUAUUUUCUUAUCUUAGUUGUAACUUCGAUAACAUUAAGGUUGCAAUAUGGAAUAUCUCAGUUACUCAUACUGCUUAGUGCUUACCUGCGUUGCGUCGAUUUAGCAAAGAUCUUCCACCGUAGUUGUUGGUUACAGUUGCCGGAAAAAAUGGCUACGUUUUCAAUCGGAACACACUUGUCCAUGUUCCAACAUUUGGGGAAUUCAAGGCUUUCAUCAAUUCAAUCUUCGCCGGCACAAUCUAAACCCUUCUUCGCCAGUUCUUCUUCUUGUAGAACCAGAUUCGGAGUUCCCAAUCCCAAGUUACUCCGUAAUAAUGUAUUGGCACGCGCUGAAGACAAAGCCAGAGAUGCUAACUCUUCAUUUCAGCCUCCACAAAGUUCCCAGCAACAGUUCCAGGAUUUGACAUCAGAAUCUGGAACUUGUGAUCCCCUAUGUUCAGUUGAUGAAACAAGCUCGCAAGAUUUCGGAGACAACUACCAGCCCAAGACUGAUUUGCUUAAAGCAGUUGCGGUUUUUGCGGCGGCUGCAACUGGGACCGUAGCAAUUAACCAUUCUUGGGUGGCUGCUAAUCAGGAUCUUGCUAUGGCAUUGCUAUUUGUAAUAGGAUAUGCAGGUAUCAUAUUUGAAGAAUCUCUAGCUUUUAACAAAAGCGGAGUCGGGCUAUUGAUGGCCGUAAGCUUAUGGGUGAUACGGAGUAUUGGGGCUCCAUCAACUGAUAUAGCUGUUUCGGAGCUAUCACACGCGUCUGCUGAAGUCAGUGAAAUAGUGUUCUUCUUGCUUGGGGCAAUGACCAUUGUUGAGAUAGUUGAUGCUCAUCAAGGAUUUAAGAUAGUUACUGACAAUAUUAAAACCCGAAACCCGCGCUCUCUCCUUUGGGUGGUUGGAUUUAUUACAUUUUUUCUCAGUUCAGUUCUUGACAACCUUACAUCCACCAUAGUCAUGGUUUCUCUGUUACGGAAACUAGUACCUCCAUCAGAGUAUCGAAAGAUUCUUGGAGCUGUUGUUGUAAUAGCCGCAAACGCCGGUGGUGCAUGGACUCCUAUUGGUGAUGUUACUACUACUAUGCUGUGGAUACAUGGCCAGAUAACUACAGUGCAAACAAUGAAGGGUUUGUUUUUGCCUUCAGCCAUUUCUCUAGCUGUUCCAUUGGCUCUAAUGUCAUUGACAAGUGAAGCUAAUGAGAAGGGGCCGGAACCUUCCAAUGUCCUGGCAUCUGAACAGAUGGCUCCUCGAGGACAGCUUGUUUUCUCGGUGGGUUUAGGCGCUUUGAUUUUUGUCCCCGUGUUCAAGGCCGUCACAGGCUUGCCUCCGUACAUGGGGAUGCUGCUUGGACUCGGCGUGCUUUGGAUCCUUACGGACGCUAUUCAUUAUGGUGAAUCUGAAAAGAGACAGAAGCUUAAAGUCCCACAGGCUCUAUCAAGGAUAGACACUCAAGGAGCACUAUUCUUCCUCGGUAUUCUAUUAUCUGUUAGCAGUCUGGAGGCAGCAGGAAUUCUCCGGGAAAUAGCAAAUUACCUUGACGCCCAUGUCCAAAAUAGUGAACUAAUUGCAAGUGCAAUUGGAGUCAUAUCUGCAGUCAUAGACAAUGUUCCAUUGGUCGCCGCAACAAUGGGAAUGUACGACGUCACUUCUUUCCCUCAAGAUUCUGAGUUCUGGCAAUUGGUUGCAUUUUGUGCUGGUACCGGUGGAUCCAUGUUAGUUAUUGGCUCAGCUGCUGGAGUCGCAUUCAUGGGAAUGGAAAAAGUGGAUUUCUUUUGGUACUUUAAAAAGGUUAGUGGAUUUGCUUUUGCAGGCUAUGCUGCCGGUAUUGCUGCGUAUCUAGCACUUCAUAACCUCAACAUCUCCCUUCCAACAACUCUAGCGGAGGUUCCUUUUCUCUCUGGUUCUUAAGUUGAGAAUUCAGACUUCAUAUCAUCUGGCAUGACAUCAAAAGCAUGGUUGCCACAGGUUAUGAUUUUUGUCAUGACAAGAGGUUUUAUAUAUAUACACGUAUAUAUAGGGGGGGCGUAUCAGGUAAAAGUUUGAGGUGAGAUAAGCUCAUCUUGGCCAUUGAUGUAGUGUUAGAUUGAGGAGUCAAAAUCGAUUCCUCUCGUGCUCUCAUUGGAUUCGCCCCGUAUAUUGUUUUUACAAUGAACCUCUGUCAUGUCAGAAUGCCCUGAAAUAUCUGCUUCAUGAGGAUUCGACAUUUGAAACACAGCCCAGGAAAUGACAUUUACAUAUCUACAACAUUUAAAUGUGAUGCAUCAUGGGAUAUAGUCUAUGUAUGUUGAAAUGCUUCAACAAAUAUUCAUUAUUUCAAAUAGAAACACGAGUUCUAUAA